AUGAGUGAUUCAGAAUAUUAUAUUGCUGAUGAAGAAGAUAUGUCAAGUGUAUAUAGUAAUGAUUCUAUUACAGAUAAUGGUUCAAACAAUGAUAUUAAUUUUGAGUAUGAAUACUUGACAAAACAACAAAAAACCAUACAAGAGCUUUUUCAACUAUUAGGCUUUAUUAGUAUAGAUGAUAUACGUAUUCUUUCUGGUGAUACUGUAGCAAAAGCUUUAGAAAAAUCUUGUGAAACAAUUGUUAAAAUUCGUCAAGAUGCAUUAUUGCUUUUUGGUUUUAAAACCCGAGCUAAAAAACACCCGAUCUCAAAUCUACAAUAA